AUGUACAUUUUUGGCCCGAGCCGCAGGCUGAGCUGUCCCGCGCUCCUGCCCUCCGCUGCGCUUUCUGCAGGUCCGGUCCGAGUCUCCCUGCGGGCGGGGUUGCGAGGACCCGCCACGCACUCGAGGGUGUCCCCGGGCCUGUGCGGGGUGCCGGCUCCUGCGGCGGAGCGGACCGGGCAGCAGCCCGCGUCCCCAGCGGUCCACGACGUGCGCAGCUGGCCGUACUUCUGCCGCGGCCAGGUGGUGCGGGGCCUCGGCCGCGGCUCCAAGCAGCUGGGCAUCCCCACGGCGAAUUUUCCUGAGCAAGUAGUCGACAGCCUUCCAGCUGAUGUGUCCACUGGCAUUUAUUAUGGUUGGGCCAGUGUUGGAAGUGGAGAUGUCCAUAAGAUGGUGGUGAGCAUCGGAUGGAACCCAUACUACAAGAAUGUUAAGACGUCCAUGGAAACCCACAUCAUCCACACCUUCAAAGAGGACUUCCAUGGGGAAGUUCUCAAUGUGGCCAUUGUUGGCUACCUCAGACCAGAGAAGAACUUUGAUUCUUUAGAGGCACUCAUUUCAGCAAUUCAAGCUGAUAUUGAAGAAGCGAAGAAACGACUAGAUUUACCAGAUGACAAUUUCUUCCAGAUUUCUAAAAGCAAAAUUAUGAAUGGCCAUUGA